UGCUGGGAAAUGUAGUUCGUGGAGAACACGUGUUAAAAGGGGGUGGACUUUCGAGCUAUGGGAUGGAACGGAUCCCUGUGACUUUUGGCUAGCCGCUUUCUGCAAGUUAUGUUCUUUUAAAGGCAUCAGCCAUGGAAAUUAUCAUAGAAAAUAUUCUCCUUAAUCACAUUUUGGGGUUGUUUUAAUUACUAAUGAUAGAAUGCUUUAGAGAUACACUUUCAUGCUGAUUGUUUAUUUCAUACGAUCUAUUAAAUGGAAUUAAUAUGGGAAGGUUAUGUCUGAGUUCUUAUUUUAAAUUAAAUUCCAAUUUUAUUCCAGAAUUCGAAGCUCAUUAUGUUAAAGAAAUUCGAAUAGAGAAUAAUUCUUUCAAAUUUAAAAUCCCUUUAUCUGUUGCUCUUUUAGAAAAAAAAAUAACUUCCAGUUUCAUUAACUUUGUGCAAAGGAGCUUAUUUUUUGUAAAUAAAAAAAUAGUUCUAGAAGUCUUUUGCUCGAUACUCCAGAAACAUGGAUAAAUCUUAUUAGGAGGUAGCUGAUCUGUAAUUUUAAAAAUGAUUGCCAUUCACUUCAGUUAGCAAUAGCAUAUAUUAUAAUUAUGAAAAUACCAAAUCUAUGAAAUGAGAAAAAUAAUUACCAUUUUGCGUGGCCUAUAGGUUUUGGAUUUCUACCGGUAGUAGUGAGAAAGAAGAUGGGAAAAGGCUUCAAAGUGUUUGUUUGUGGAAUGUGUUCAGUGGGAAAGACAGCCAUCUUGGAACAAGUUCUGUACGGUAAUCACACUACUGGUGGAGACUGCAGCAGAACUAUGGAAGAUGUAUAUGUCGCUGUGGCUGAAACAGAUCGAGGACUAAAAGAACAAUUACGUCUGUAUGACACCCAAGGACUCCAAGGAGAAGAGGCUUUCCCCAAACAUUACUAUUCUAUGGCAGAUGGCUUUGUUCUAGUGUAUGCUGUAAAUAGUCUGGAAUCUUUUGAGAAAGUUAACUGGCUCAAAAAGGAGGUUGACAAGUUUAAAGAAAAGAAAGAGUGGCCAAUUAUUGUUUUAGGUAAUAAAACUGACCUUUUGGAGGAAAGACAAGUACAGAGUGAAGUUGCGCAACAGUGGGCUAGGAUUCAGUCAGUGAAAUUAUGGGAAGUGACAGUAACCAAUAGAAGGACAAUGAUGGAGCCCUUUGUGGCGUUAGCAAGCAAACUUUGCCAAUCACAGAACAAGUCAACAUUUUCUUUCUCCCGUCGGAGACUCAAAGGCAAUAAGGAAGAUUACUGAAUGCUCUUAUGCCUCCACUGAGCCAAGAAUCUGCUGUGGCUUUUGCAUUUCCAGAGUUUGUUCAUGUCUAGAGCAACUAAAGCAGCUCUCACACCUCAGGAUGAGAAUGGCAUCUGAAAUCACUUCAUAAAAACACUGAAAUGAUCAUAGUUGUCUGUAUUCAAUUACCAUAUUUUUGGACUAUAAGAUGCACCUGAUUAUAAGGCACUUAAAUUUACAGGAGGAAAAGAAGAAAAAAACAGCUUCACUCUCCACGGCCUGUUUUCGCCAAAAACAUGGCCAUUUUUGGCCUGGAGAGUGCUUCUGGGAGCCUGGGAGGGCGAAAACAUGAUGUGCAGAGGGCUUGGUGGCCCAAAAAUGGGCCUGUUUUUUUGCAAAAAUGGGCUGUGCAGAGCACUACAGAGUGCUUCUGGGGCUGGGCAGACGAAAACACAACAUGUGGAGGGUUCAGGAGGCCAAAAAUGCCCAUAUUCGGUCUAUAACAUGUACCUAAAUUUUCACCCACUUUUUUGGGGUGUGUGUGCAUCUUAUACUCAGAAAAAUUUGAUAUUUUGCAUUUUGUGGAAUGCAAACUGGAGAAUGUUUGAGUGCAGAAAAAAGAAAACCUUUUUCUAAAAGAGGAAUUCUAGAGUCAUUGGGAAUAUUGCCACUUCACUUAGCAUUUCAGAAAAGAAAUGAAAGAACAAGAUGAAAAAGUUGUUUAUUUUGAUUAUACAUUGUAUAGCUUUAUUCAUUCUGCUAUGAGAAAGAACUUAUGAAAAAGAGAGUCCAACAGAAUUGGGUGCAGUAUAAGCAUUUGACCUUCACUACCUUUAUUAUAAAGUGUAUAAUAUAAUAGUAUUAGCAUUGAUGCUUUUGGAUGAACCAGUGUUAUUUCUAUUGAUUAUCAUCAAGCAACCAUUCAUCUUAAUUAGGGUAAAACAAUGAUCUCUAUUGCUAAAAAUUGGGCCAAAGAAAGAAAAAAUAAUUUAUAAUAACUUCAUAUAUGAAUGGAGAAAAUUUUGACACCAUUCCCCAAUUUCAAAAGCCCAUUAUUUUUUGUCUCAGUGCAGUGACAACAGCCUCCUGAAAAAAAAAAUAGUAACUUGGUUAAUUUGAAAGGCUAUGUUUCUCAACUCAGCAACUUAAAGAAGUGUGGAUUUGUAAUUCCUGAAAUUUCCCAGUAUAUGUAAAUCUUAAAAGUUAUUGUGAUUGAAAAAUGUAGGACUAUGUUAAAAGUAUUUGAUUCUGGCUUAGCGUGUUGUUUGACCUAUUUAUUCCAUAAACUAUUGUUUAUGGCUUAACAUUGGGUGAAAUCAGCCUGUAGUAAUUUAUUAAAUCUGUACAGGGAAAAAAAAGAGUAUUAUUAGGGGAAAGGAUUGCUCCAUCCAGUUUUAGGUUUAAGCAACCUAUUCUCUUCAACUGUACUCAUUGUUGCCAUGCAAUAAGUGCCUUAAAAAUAAUAUGCUGACAUAAGAGCAAAUAAAUACAGGAUUUAUAUCUAGGGAAGUGGAAAGAUCUUACAAAAAUAUGAAAAUAGGUACAUUGAACUUCCUUAGAAAAAGAAAUAGCAUACCUACGUAUACUUUUCCUCAUAGCUAUAUUCUUCAUGACAAAAAGAUGAUUUGAGCAACUAAUCACAAACCUAGAUCAAAAUUUCUUCAGAAUUCCUAAUAUGACUAAUGCUGGAUAUGGCUGGACGUUUUAGGAACUGUAGUCCCCAAUAAAUCAAGACUGUUAGAUUGGAGAAUUUAAAAGUCUAUUCUAGGAUUGUUACGGUGUCUUAUACCAUCACAAUAUAAUAGACGUUCUCACCCACUUCUAAAUGGAAUCUGAUUAGAUUUGCAUUUUCACAAUUUUCAUUAUAAUGCUGAAGGAUGCAAAAAUCAGUUAGAAAGUAGGUAAGUAAUUGUUGGACUGAAAUUUCUGAAAAUGUAGAGUAGAGAAAUUGAUCAAAGUUUUCUUUUCAUCUAGGAAUAAAAUAUUUUAAAGCCUAAUGUGAUAUAUUUUAAGGACAUUUUUAGAAUUUAAAUGCACAUUCUUAGAAUUAACAAAAAUAGAAUCGGUGAAAUAUCUAGCUGUUAAAAUUACAGAUUGAAAUACAUAUUUUGAUUCCAUUCUAUUUAUAUUGCACAUUUAAAUGACUCUAUUUGUUUAUAUAUUGCACUCAUAAGCUGUCCUUCAGUGCAUUUUGCAGAAUGAGUUUUUAUAGCAUCAUAACAAGCACAAUUAACAUGUGAAUUUUAUAUAACUAUUUUGGGCCACUAGUGAAUUGUGCUUCAAUUACUAUUGAUUGAAAGCUAAAUUGAACUAUGUUCACUUCAGAUAUUUUGGGUGCUAAUAAAAGAGAAAAGGAACUUUUUAAUAGAGAUUAAAUAGGUUAGCAGUUUAGUAUAAAUGAAUGUCAAGAAAAAGGAAAAGCUUCCUCUUCUCCUUCCAAAUAUGUUAAGCAACAAUGACCUGAAACCACAAAUGAAUUGCUCUAAUGUUAAAUGGCUAGGGAAACUCCAAGGAGAAGAUCCAAUCUUUUGAUAAAAGUCAUCUGCAAAAAAAUUAACAGAUUGUUGGAAAGAUAUGUAAGUUUGCCUUCUGACCCAGGAUUUAAUUUCAUAAUCUCUUAAAUUCUUCUCAUGUAAGUUUUUGUUUUAUAACCUAUUUUUGUUUUUUGUAUGAUUCUUUUAUCAGGAAUAUAUUGUAUUGUCUUAUAUCAGGGAUCCCCAACCCCCAGAUUGUGGACCAGUACUGAACUAGGAUAUGCAAGAAAUGGGAGAGUGAGUGAACUACUUCUGCACAUACAUGGGAUCUAGGUUGCACAUGCGAACCCUCCCACCCCAUCCCUUGGAUGACAAUUUUCUUCCAAAACCAAUCCCUAAAGCCAAAAAAGUUGGGGACCAUUGUGUUACAUGCAGCCAACAUAGAUGCUUCCAAACAGAAGGUAUAUCAGUAGGGAGUUUGUACAUAUUUUUAUUAGCACAGUAACAAAUGCAGACUUGGAUAGUCCACAACAUACAACCAAUCCACUGAGUGACUCCUAUUCCACGCCUUACAAUUAAACAGCUUAAGGUAUUUCACUACAGGUUGUUCCCAAGUUCAGUUAAAACCUUCAUUCUCAUAAAGGUAACUCG